AUGAAUUUUACAUCAGCUUUCUUGCCUCUUGUUUAUGCGGGGAUGUUGAAUUCUAGCGACGAUCUUGCACCAUACUGUAUCCCAGAAAUUUUGAACAAAACCGAUGUCAUCAGAGGGAAGAUUGUGGUGUGUGAAUUAGGCGAAAUUACAGCAAUUGAAAAAGGACAAGCGGUGAAGGAUUCCGGUGGUGCUGCCAUGAUUCUCGUGAACUAUGAGGAAUAUGGAAACACGACAAUCGCCCGAGCUCAUGUCCUUCCAGCGACACAAAUCAGUUAUGCCGAUGGACUAAAAGUCAAAACUUACAUAAACUCGACGUCAAAUCCCGUAGCUAAGAUUUUGUUCAAAGGAACCUUGAUUGGUGAUGAUCGUGCCCCUGUGGUGGCUGGAUUUUCUUCGAGGGGCCCAAAUUAUGCGAGCCCCGGAAUUUUAAAGCCUGACAUUUUAGGUCCAGGUGUAAACAUCCUUGCAGCAUGGCCCGUAUCUGUGGAAAAUAUCACCAACACAAAAUCUACAUUUAACAUGCUAUCAGGUACCUCAAUGGCUUGUCCUCAUCUCAGCGGUGUUGCGGCUUUGCUAAAAAGCUCGCACCCUAAUUGGUCUCCAGCUGCCAUCAAGUCAGCAAUCAUGACUACUGCUGACGUUGUAAACCUAGCCAGGCAGCCAAUUGAAGACGAAAAAUUCCUUCCUGCCAACAUUUUUGCCACUGGUUCUGGUCAUGUCAACCCAUCAAAGGCCAAUGAUCCGGGCCUUGUUUAUGACAUUCAACCCAAAGACUACAUACCAUAUUUGUGUGGUUUGAACUACACAAACAGACAAGUUGGGACCUUUCUACAACGAAGGGUAAAUUGCUCGAUCGAAUCAAGUAUACCAGAUGGGCAAUUAAACUAUCCAGCAUUUGUUAUUACUUUUACAGUUCUAUCUAAUUCUCAGACCUAUACUAGGACAAUAACAAAUGUUGGUGAAUCUAAAUCCUCGUACACUGUCAAAAUUUUCCGUCCACCUGGCGUUGAUGUACGUGUUGAGCCCACGACACUGAAUUUCUCGGAGCUCUACCAGAAGAUGAUAUAUCGAGUGACAUUCAAAAGAUUGGCUUCUUCUAGAAAUAAUACUGUUGUUCAAGGUUAUCUGAUAUGGAAUUCAGACAAGCAUGCUGUGCGAAGUCCUAUAGCAGUUAUACUGUCCUAG